AUGGAGCAUAACGCUUUGGUCAUGGAUUUGUUGGGUCCGUCGCUGGAGGACUACUUCCGGGCCAUGGACCGCAAGUGGUCGCUAAAGACUGUGUGCCUCGUGGCCAUACAGGUCCUUGAGAGGAUUGAGUACGUGCAUUCCAAAGGGUACGUGUACAGUGAUAUUAAACCGGAGAAUUUUCUGACCGGUUUGGCGGAGGAGCAUCUCGAUAAUACGGUGUAUUUGAUUGAUUUUGGACUGGCGCAGCAGUUCAAGGACAAGGAUACCGGAAAGUAUUGCUAUGAUGAGAAUCUCAAGACGCAUCCCAUCGGCACAAUGCGGUACAUGAGCGUGCGCUCCCACGAAGGCCGCUCCCAGUCCUACCGCGACGACCUUGAGUCCAUCGGCUACCUGAUCAUCUACUUCCUCCGCGGACGGUUGCCCUGGCAGGGCAUGGGCAUCAAAGACCGUCAGAAGAAAGUUAAAGCCGUCGGUCUGCGCAAGAAGACCAUCCCACUGGACGAGCUGUGCGCGAACUGUCCGCCCCAACUGCAGGACUAUAUCAAGUACGUCCGCAGUAUCCAGUUCUACGCGGAGCCCAAGUAUGAGCGGCUGCGCGGAUUCUUCGCCGCCGUCAUGCAGGCCAACGGCUGGGUGGACGACGGCCAGCUGGACUGGAUGGGGAAGAACUUCGAUUUCAGUAAGAAUAAGAAGUCGGACAGUGGGUUCGGGCGGCCGGGAUCCGGGGAGGAGGGCGAAGCGGAAGGUACGGAAGGGGAAACAGCGGAGAAGCGGAAGAGUGUGGCGGUUAAACCCAGGCGGCCGCCCACGCCGGCGGUCACGGAGGAGGGCGAGGAACGGCCGGUGGUGCGGAAGCAGGGGAUCGUUGCCGGCAAGGGUGGGCAUGGAUCCCACAGUGGAUCCCUUGUUGGCGUUUUCUGAACAGGAAAAUAAAAGGAAGCUGGCGGCCGCGGCGAUUAAGAAACCGGAAGCGUCGACGCACGAUGAUGACUAUUUCGGUGGACGGGGGGAACGGGAGAGGAUAGCGCCUCGGCGGCAGCGGGAAGAGCAUAGUAGCUGUUAUUGUUGCUGACGAUGCAUGGAUGACUGGGCGAAAUGAAGCUAUUGUUGGAAACAGCAAGUAGGCACUUCGAAAUGUGGAUGAUGUUUGCCCGUGGAGAGUACGCUGGAGGGGAUUUAUGCCAGACUGUCGGCGAUUGCAACGGAUGAUUUCGAUUGCGCAGUUUUCUCUUAGCGCGGCAUUAUAAACUGCCAGUUUCUAUUGCUCGUGCUGCUUCAAUUUACGCAAACCAUCGCCAUUCCGUUGCAUGUGUUGUGCCGGCUGGACUAUAUUCAGUUUUCUUUUUGUGUCGGGUGAAUUUUUGUUUAACGUUUCUUUAUUUUGAGUGAUCUGCACAUUUCAUUAAGAAAACGUAAGUGUUCAAACCGGUAUCUGACAAUACUACCGUAUUUGGUACAGCGUUAAAAAUGUGGGACUGGUACGGUGGUACCUAUUUAUUGUUCCUGCGAACAGAGUAUGCGGUUUGUAUAAGACGUUAAUA